AACCAACCCACCAUUUUCUCUCUUAUAUAACACCCUCAUAUUUCUCCCUUCUCCCACAAGAUUAGAGCACAACAUAAAUCAAAUUCACCAUGGAAAAAUACCUUAAUCCUAUGUUAUGUCUCACAAUUUUAAUGUCCAUGAUUAUGUACACAUGUGGUCAGACAUGUUCAAGCUAUAAAUUCUCUAGCAACCAACUAUUCAGUGCAUGUAAUGAUCUGCCAUUCUUGAAUGCAUAUCUGCAUUGGAAUUAUAACUCGUCGUCGCGACAGCUUCAGAUUGCAUACAGGCAUGCAGGAGUAUUAAACCCUAAUAGAUGGGUUGCUUGGGCUAUAAAUCCGACUUCAACGGGAAUGCUUGGCUCGCAAGCAAUCGUUGCGUACCAACAAUCUGAUGGAGGAAUGAGAGUCUAUACUUCUCCUGUUUCUUCCUACCGGACGUCUCUAUCACAAGGGAAACUUAGCUUUGGUGUUUCUGAUCUGUCAGCCACAUUUUCUGGUAAUGAAAUUACCAUAUUCGGUACGUUGGAUCUCUCAAGCAUUGGUUCAACUACUAUUAAUCAGGUUUGGCAAGAGGGUCCUGUUUCUAGUGACUCUCCUCAGAUUCAUCCCACUUCCGGCCCUAAUGUUCAAUCCAUGGGAACUGUUAAUCUUCUUUCGGGUACGGUUGCUUCAACUGGUGGAAAUGGCAGAACCAAUAAAAGAAAUGUUCAUGGAGUGCUAAACGCGAUCAGCUGGGGAAUACUGAUGCCGGUGGGUGCUUUGGUGGCAAGGUACUUGAAGGUGUUCAAAUCUGCACACCCAGCAUGGUUUUACAUACAUGUUGGUUGCCAAUUCAUAGCCUACACUGUUGGUGUAGCUGGAUGGGGUACCGGACUCAAACUUGGCAGCGAGUCUUCUAGUGUUCAAUAUAAUCCUCAUCGAACCAUCGGAAUCAUUCUUUUCAUCCUUGGAACCCUUCAGGUAUUCGCGUUGCUUCUAAGGCCAAAACCGGAACACAAAUACAGAUUCUACUGGAAGAUCUACCACCACACAGUCGGAUACGUAGUAAUUUUACUGAGCAUCAUAAACAUAUUCAAAGGAUUCAACAUAUUGAACCCUGCAAAGACGUGGAAAAAUGCGUACAUCGGAAUCAUUGUAGUUUUGGCCAUAAUUGCUGUGUGGUUGGAAGGUUAUACUUGGUAUAUAGUCAUCAAGAGGAGAAGAUCAGAGAAUGAUGCAAAGAUGCAGCAUGGCCAACACCAAAGGGUGUAAUUUCAGAUUUAUGUUGUUCAAUAUUUAGGAUUAUUACUCAACUUAGGCCGAAAUUAUUGUCUUCUCUUAACUCUAAAAAUUCACUGUUUUUCUCUAAUUUUUAGGUAUUACAUUUAACUUAAAUCUCCUUGUAUCAAAGGCAAAACAAUGAAAUUUUAAAAUUCAUGAAGAAAAUAUUAAUUUUGAUCUAAUUUCAGGAGAGCAAUGGUAAAAAGGGAGAGUAGGGUUAGAAGUGAUUUGAGACCUUAUGCAUCUGUUUCUUUAUACCU